AUGACUGAGGCGACGAAUCGCCCUCUCUCUGGUUUAUGGCAGCCCACACAACUGCAAAGACUAUAUUAUGGUGCAGACUCAGUAACCAAAUAUCUGCUUGCCUGUCUUCCAAAGACAUCCAGCAAGGCCUUUAUCAUUACGGGUACUUCGCUGGCUACCAAGACUCCCUUGGUGAAACAAGUCGAAGAGCUUUUGGGCGAAAAACAUGCCGGGACGUUCAGCAAGAUUGGCGAACAUGCACCUGUUGCCCAACUUGAUGAAGCAACCAAAUUGGUGAAAAAAGACGAAACCAUCGACACCGUCAUCUCUAUUGGCGGUGGAAGUCCCAUCGAUAGCGCCAAAGCCAUCAGUUAUCGUUUGCACGAAAAGACUGGAAAAUUCCUAUAUCACAUUACUAUCCCCACGACUCUGGGUGCAGCUGAAUGCACCUUCAUAGCAGGCUACACCGGAGUCGAUGGAGUGAAGAUAGGCGUCAGAGCAAAAGAGCUCGUCCCAAGCGUCGUCUUCUAUGACUCCAAAUUUGCGCUAUACACACCUGAGCGGCUAUGGAUGAGCACUGGUAUACGCGCUAUGGACCACGCUGUGGAACUACUCUAUCAUCCCACCGCUUCUGAGAUGCCUGCGCGAUGGCUGGCAUUGCAGAGCGCAGCGACUUUAUUCGAGGCAUUACCAAAGUACAAGCAAGAUCCUAAGGACGAAGAUAACAUUACCAGGCUCCAACUGGCUGCUUAUGGAUCGCUAGGCUUUAUAGGAUACAACCUCGUAGGCGGCAUUGGACUCUCUCACGCCCUAGGUUAUGCCCUUGGUUCUCCAUAUGGCAUACCGCAUGGCAUUACAUCCUGCCUUACACUCGGUCAUGUUGUUAAGCUGAAGGCCCAGGACCCCGCUGCUGCAGAGCAAAUUGCCCGUCUCCGUCCGUUUAUUGGCGAGAGUGCCUCUGGAGAUACCCAGGUGGAUGCGGAAAUUGUCGGAGAUAGGGUUUUGAAGCUAGUAAAGGACUUGGGGUUGGAUAACGAUCUGAGGAACUACAAGGUCGGAAGAGAUCAGGUUCCUGUUAUCAUGGAAAGAGCGACGGGUGGGAUGAUUGAUGGUGCUGUUUACGAUGCUGUCGAGGGACUGGUGAAGGGGUUAUUCGUGUGA